AUGAGCACACUCGGGACCAAGCACACGCCACUAUCGACCCAAGACGAGUACGAAGCACUGCUCAAAGAGAUUCUCGAAUCUGACUCCUCUGACGAAGAACGCUCCCGCUACCUGAGCCUCACCAGCAGGAACUACUCAUCACCGUCGAAGCACCAAGACCGUGCACUCGCUCUCGACCUAGCGGACUUGGACCUAGCCUUCGACCUCGACCUCGACCCCACCUAUUGGAGAACUAGCUUUGCAGGCAGCCGUACUACCAGCACCAGCAAGACUUUUGCAAGUAGCGCCAGUAACAACCAAAGCAACGGCACCAGCAACAGCAGCACUCCAAGAAGCUCAACAUACGGAUAUCCCGCCAAGGCUGUGCCUGUGAGUAUCGUCGUUGGCACUGACAUACCAGGGACGACCGACACGAACGAGCUUUUAAACAAACCAUCAAACUACGACCCGGCAUUUCUUUCUUCCAUUGCCAGCAAGGAUAGAUCCUUUUCUCUCCUCUCACUCUCAGCUCCAUCGUCUGUGGCAUCCAGUUCCUCAUCCUCAGUCAACACCCUCACGCGUGCCAGCAGUGUUACCUCAUCUUCUUUCAAGGGCAGUCAAAGUCACAUCCAGAACUCGACUCACUAUCCGGAUUCACUAUCUACCAAGAACCGUUACAACUCUUCUUCCUUCAACAGCGACAACUCCCUCGAACAAUCAUUCAGAAGACUUGGAAGGCACCAUCAAACGCAUCAUCUCCGGCAAGAACAAACGCCUGCGCGAUAUAAUCACCGAAACGACUCGCUAUUCAAGACUGUAACAAAGAUGGACAAUUCCAACCACUCUUCUCGCUCCCAGUCGCGCGGGAACGGAGCUCUACGGAACGGUCACGAUGCCUCCGCUACUAGAUCAAGUGGAAUACCCAUCAUUUUAAAAGGCUCCAACACACGUCUUGUAAACGGUCUUCAGUCAAUCACCUCUCUCGAGCAAAAAUUCAAUGAUUUACGGAUCCCAGAACUUGAGUUGAUGAAUACUCCAGAAACAACUAUCAAGGCUGUGUUGGCAGACAUUUAUAAAAUUUCAGAGGAACUUCACAUGCAUUUGCAAGGUGGACCUUUAGCCGAUACACCACAUCAUUCAAAAAAGGACGGGAAUGGCAUCGUUAUCUCAGGAGAAACUCAGAGGCAAAAGCGAAUCAAGGAGGUCAUUGACAGGAUCGUUCGGGAAACGUCCCUCUAUGAGGAAUUUGUACGGAAUUCCAACUAUCUUAGCCUGGAUGCCAUUUUGAAGGAGGCGUCAGACGAGGAUGAACACGAACUGCAAGGAUUUGCUAAUCUGGGCAGAGACCCUUCAGAAAUCGACUCUGCUUCCGAUAUCCACCAUGAAGAUACCCUAUCUCAGGCAUCCUUGAUGUCCGGCAACCACUAUGGACAACAUAUUGGAGUAACAUCUCUGCCUGGCUCGCCAUUAUCAGCUCUCUCUUCACGUUCAGCAGAGCCAAUAUAUCGCCUUCGCCCACAUCCGUUCCCUCACACUGGACCUGGUUCUGUGGCGUCAUCGUCAGCCAUAACUGGACGCCACUCGCACACCUCAUCCGUAUCAUUUUCGAUUGGAGGACUCAACCAUUCGGAUUCGCACUCCUCGCAGGGGCCAGGCGCUGGCGCUGAACCUUGGGAGACCUUUCGGUGGACACCGCUUCUUAAACUCUCUGAACAGCUUUUUUCAGAGGAGAUCAAGGCAUCUUCAGGACUUGGCACAUGCAUUGCGGUUUCAAACAUUAUUGCAGUUGGAACGAGUCGUGGAUCGGUUCUGGUGUACAGUGCAACCCAGGCGCUCAUUGGGAUUUUUGGAAGUCCACAGUAUGCACUGGAACAUGGAUCGGUCUGCUCAAUUGCUAUCUCAACGGACAAUACCUAUAUGGUCGCUGGACAUUCCCUGGGCAGCAUUAUUGUGUGGAACAUCAGCAAGCCUAACGUACCAUCCAGGAUCAUCCUCCCCAUCACCAAGGAAGUGGCGCUCUCGGGCAGAAAACUAGGACACGUCCGAGGAUCUGCAGUCCUACAUGUCGCUUUUGUAGGGAUUAAGAGGGCUGAGGUCGUCAGCGCUGAUGAUCAGGGAAUGUCGUUCCAUCACCUACUCUACAAGGUCAUGAUGGUAAACGCUGUCGAGACAACGCGGCUUCUCGGGAAGUACCCAGCACCAAAAUUCGUGAGAGGCUCUGAUCCCAGAGGAGUCGUUAGUGCUCAGCGGCAGAGCACGGUCUUUGGGAUGGGUGUAUUACCGUAUGGGCAGAUCCCUCAUCCUGCAGAUAGCGUAGGGCUAGUAGCGCUCUUGACGCCAUAUAAGAUGCUCAUUGUAUGCAUCAAACCCCAGCCUCAAACGCUCUUCAAGUUCUUGCGUCCAAAAGAGCUGCAGAACAGGGAGGGAGAGUCAUCAGCAGUCAUAUCUGGAAAUCUCGCUUGGUUCCCAGCGACAAAGAGCCAGCGUGGAUCAGAAACGAACCCCAUGCUUGCAUUCUCGUGGAAUCGACACCUGUAUAUCUUUGAAGUCAUCAAGGGCACAGGGCAGACACCUGGCUCAACAUCCGUACAUCUUACGCCUGACAGGAAACCAGCUUCAGAAGCGAAUGGAAAGAAUCCCAAGCUGGAUUUCAUCAAAGUUGGUAACUGGAUCAGUAGAGAAGGCAUUGUCGGCAUCCAAUGGGUCCGCCCACAGAUUCUUUUGCUCCUGACAAACACAGAGGACAUUAUUGUGUUCGAUCCCAAGAUGAUGUGCGAGACAGAGCGCUGCAGUGCCCGCUCUCUUCAAAUUGUGUACCACGACUGGUUCAAGAAUGUCGCGAAGACUCAACGCCAAACAAAUUCUCCGCUGGCGCUAACAGAAGUGAGGCAACCAGUGGGCGAUAUGUGCUACAACAGUAGCUGGCGUGUUCACAAAGGAAAACUGUUUAUCCUUGGUGUGAGGCGCGUUCAAGUAGGUACGAUCCUCAAUUGGACAGACCGAAUUCUAGCCCUUGUCAAAUCUGGGGAUUUUCUGGAGGGUAUCGCAUUGGCGACAUUGUUCUACACUGGAAAGUCCGUUCAGGCUGCUGUGGUCGGCCUGCCCGAGGAUGAGGCGACACGGAAGCAGAUGGUUGGCGAGAAGAUCUACGAGCUCUUGACGGCGUCGCUUAACUACACCUUUAAUCAGGAGCGAAUGCUGGAUGUCGACGCGGACGCAGCGGCUGGAGGCGUCGGAGCAGGAACAGUGUUGUUCCACGACCUGGCCAUCCAGUCAAUCGAGAGCUGCCUUGCUAUCGAGGACCAGGGUUUCCUUUUCGAGGAUGUGUACGAACGCUAUGCUGAGGCCAGCACGCUUGUAAAGGGCAUUUUCCUUCAGUCUUUGGAAGGAUAUAUCCUCCAGGGCCGGUUGACAGAGAUGCCGCCACAGGUGAUGCAAUCCUUCGUAAAGUACUACAGUAAUCGUGGCCUGUUUAAGGAGUUGGAACUAUGCAUUUGCCACACGCCUUGCCACGUUCUCGAGAUGGAUCAGAUUGUGGACCUAUGCCAGCGCCACAAGUUGUACACUGGACUGAUCUACGUAUGGAACAAGAGUAUCGGCGACUAUGUCAGUCCAGUUGUCGAAUUGCUCAAGGUCAUCAAAUCUAUUCUCAAAGAGCGACGCCAGGCAGUAGGAUCAGAGGAGGCUGGAGCACCAAGCCAGAUUGAUGGAUAUGAACAUGGCAACCAGGAUUCAGUAUCGUUUACAGACUUGGAGGACAAGACACCUCAUCAGAAUGAGCCGUCAAAUGAGGAGAUUGUCCACAAACUAUACAAGUAUCUGUCGGACAGUCUCCUUGGAAGAUCUUACAUCGAUGGGACGAAUCUUGAGGAAAAUGAGGCAGUUGCAGCCAAGGUGUCGCUUUAUUCCUUUAUUUUUUCUGGACGAUGCGUCAUGUGGCCGCCUGUGGGAGGGCAACUCAUUCUUACAGGAGAUGCAGACGACGCUGAGGACUUGGAACCGACUUAUCCAUAUCUGCGAUUACUCCUGAGGCACGACAGUGAGGAGUUUCUCAAGGUCAUGGACCUUGCUUUCGAGGACAGCUACCUUGCUUCUACGAGCCGGGAUAUUUCACAGAUCUCAAGGAACGGACAGGAAGGCCCAGGCAGGGUGAUGAGUCGCCAGUUGAUCAUCAAUACCUUACUGGAAGUUUUAUCACCAAGUGCAUCAUCGUUCUCCAGUACCGCAUCAAUUUCGGAGCUAGGCGGCAAUAGUAGCUCGUCUGUAGUAGAGUAUUCAGCCAAGGACAUCGCACACCUAUACAGCUUUAUUGCCCGCAACUAUGCAAAGUCUCCCAAGACCAUCGCCCUUUCACCAACAGCGCUACACAGGAUUUUGACUCGACUAUCCAGCGACACAGAUUCAUCGACCCGGGAGGAGCGACAAGUUGCGGUGCAAGCGCUAUUGCGGCGUUACGCUCCUGGUGACGAGGCGGGCAUGAUGACACUGUACGAGCAGGCAGGGUUCUACAGAGUCUUGGAAAAGAUGUAUCGAUCCCAAAAGCAGUAUGGCCCCAUGGUUGUCACAUUCUUAAAGGACCCUGAGCGACGUCCCCUGGUGUUUGAGGCGAUCCAGAAGUUACUUGACCCGGCGAGAAGGCAGCGUAUUACUAUUUCAGAGAAGCAAAGGACAGAUAUCGUCAAGACGGCAAUGGAGCACAUUGCGGAGAUUGUCGAUAUCGAUGGCGAGCAAAGUGCGCUCCUGGUCCAUAAGUACCUCAAUGCAGAACACCGGUCGGUCUUGGAAACACUGCAUGGAUCCAAGCCUCGACUUUUUGCGUACCUCCGUGGAUUGCUGGAGCCUUCGAAUGCCCCAACCAAGAAUCAGAAUCCAACCCCUGGUGACUUUUCGAAUGGACUGACUGAUAACGGAGAUGCAAUUGGAGCCUCAUCUAUCACAGAUCCGGAGAUUCACGAACAGUAUGUGGAGCUUUUGUGUCAGUACGAUCCUUCAGGGGUAUAUGACUAUCUGGAGAGGCAUCAGGAUAACAGCUAUCGUCUCGAGCGAGUGCUGAAACUAUGCGAGGAUGCUGGAGUCGUCGAUGCAGUUGUAUGGAUCUUGGAGAGGAGUGGUAACGUUGGAGGCGCGCUAGGAAAGGUGCUAGAGAUUGUGCAGGAACGGAUUGAUAUGCUCUCAUCGCUCGUAAAGUCCAAACUCGACGGAGAGAUUCAGGAUAUUCAUUGGUCAAUGGAGGAACAGUCGAAUAUGCGAGCCAGCUUGGUUCGUCUCCGAGGUGUGUUGAAUGUCGGAAAGCAGUUGUGUGAGCGCCGGAGCCAGAAAGUCAAGUUACUGAGUCAGGUCGCCAAGGUGCCUUUACAGCAGAACGCGGCUGCGCAGAGCGACACCGAGACACUGUGGUUCCGUCUCCUGCAGAUCUUUGUCGCAGCCUCGCGAAAGAUAACGCUCUUGGUUGCGUCCAAACGAUCAAGUGGAGAGAAAGAUGACGAUGAGGAGACGACACUUCCCUCUACUUCAAACGGACUCAUCAUCGAAAACGCACCGCCAGCAUUGUUUUCGAACUCGAGUCCGGAAAGCGACCGCUCGUAUAAUGUCGUCAACCAACUCACGAACAACUUCAAAGGCUUUGUUCAGUCGAUCCUGGCAACUUUGCUCCUUUCAACAUCCACUCCACAAGUGUCACUCCCUUCGCUCCUGCGUCGUCUUUUAAGAUCAGAGUCUGCGGAUGGAGGGGAAUUGAACCGAUUCUCGGACUUCAAGGACAUUUUUAUGGGCAUGCUUGAUACGUUCAAAUACGAGGGACAGCUACUAGAGAUGACCAACGGUCUUUUCGAACGAGACCUGUUCAUGGGGGUUCAGAUGAUAGCAAAGAGUCGGGCAAAGGGCUGGCGACCACGAAAGGGCAGCUGCGAAAUUUGUGGAGGGGCGUUCUGGGGCCCCAAUAUUGUCCGAGAGCUAUGGGUUCAGCAGCAAAGGGCAGCCGCGAAUGCAAUCAAGGCUGCAUUGGCAACGAAUGUCACUUCAGUACAAGGAACAAGCUCAGAUUCCCCAUCGUCAACACCAAUCCCAGAAGGAUCAUCCGCUACAACCGCAGACGUAGCUAUGCAAGCCAAGGUCGAUAAGGACAAGAGCACGCCUGACAAGGACCUGCUGCUCUUUCGAUGUGGGCAUGGAUACCAUCGUCAAUGCCUCGAGAUGGAGUCCGCAUCCACUCCUGCGACGGUCAUAGGCACACCUACUCAGCAGCAGCAACAGGCAUCGUCAGGGCAGGACUUGUCGGCGGAUACAUCCAAGGUUUUGAACUGUGCUAUCUGCAAUGGAAUGAUAAAACCAUCUAAAGCAAGAUCCUCUUCAAGAUCCUCUUCCCGACCUGGCUCCCGCAACAACGGCCGUCAUCAGCACCAGCGUCAUCAGCAGCACGCCAUGAGCCGCUCUGAACAUCGUAGCUCUCAACCCAUCAAAGGCGGCUGGGUUACAUUAGAGUCACCUCAGCCGAGAUCAGAUUCCUCUCGCUUGAGCUCAGUCACAACCCCACCUCCACGUCCUGACUCGUCAAGCAAAGCAGCCGGAAAGACAUUGACAGCGAACUAUAGUGGCAGCAAUGGCAACGGCAACGGCCACAACCAUGGCCAUAGCAUUGGGUCUAGUUCCGGCGGAAGUCGGCCGCACACACCGCAGAACAGUGAUUACCAGGAUGACCGCACUUUGUCGCCGGGACCUGACGGCUAUUAUAUGAGUAGCAACGAGUAUGAGGCAGCUACUAGUCCGAGUAUGAAGGCCGACAAGGGCAAAGGAAAGGCCAGCUACUAG